AACUGGACCGCGUCACUUUUGGAGCAACUUGUUGCGCAGCUGCUGUUUCCGAACCAGUCGCUGUCGUGGACUAAAGACUCGAAGCGAUCUGGAAGCUUUUUCUGUGGCUGUGCUUCAACUAGCAACCACGUUUCCGGUGUUGUGGACCCCCCCUCACACCCUCUUCUUGUUUUGGCUUCUCACUCAGACUGCCUAAUAUGAUUAAAGGGACAGAUGCGAGUCACGAGCUGGACGCGUCCUUUCCACGGACUGGACUGGAGCCACAGCCUCCUGUGUCUCACUUUGCUCCUGUGGAGCAGAGGCUUGAACGGACUUUCUGACUUUUCAAACUACCUGUCGAAGAUCAUCACCAGCCACUCCGCUCACGCCUGCGACGGCACGCCUCUGAGGCUCCACUGUCCUCGCCACUCCACCAUCUCCAUCCAGUCGGCCUUCUACGGGAGCGGCGAGGUCCUGCUCUGUGAAGGGGAGCCUCCGUCCGGGCCCCGCAGUAACCAUGGCUGCUCGGCGUUUACUGCUCUGCAGAAGCUGCUAUCUGAGUGUCAAAGCCACAGAGACUGCCGGCUACCUGUCAAUCACCUGCUGUUUGGGAAGGACCCUUGCCCUGGCACUGCCAAGUACCUGCAUGUGGAUUACAAAUGUAAACCCACUGAGCACAAACAGCACAUGGUAUGUGAAGGAGACGUAAUGGUCCUGCGCUGUAAGCCCCCCAAAGUCCUGAACAUCUACGCGGCUGUCUACGGUCGAAGUCUGGGCCAGACUGACAUCUGCCCCUCUCACCUGGCCGGAUCACCUCCAUUCGAGUGUCUGAACCACGAGGCCGUGCACUUGGUGUCCAAGUCCUGCUACAGCAAACAAAAGUGUGCCGUUGCUGUCGGCAACCAGACCUUUAGGGACCCCUGCUUUCCAGGAACCAGGAAGUACCUCACUGUGCUGUAUUCCUGUGUUCCACAGACCUUACUGAAGGAAGCAGACCCAAAGAUAAUGGACACCGCCUUGAUUCCUACUACAGAAAAAGCAUCUCCGGCAGAUCUGGAAGAGCCUGCUAUCAAAAGAUCAGACGGGCCAGAAAACUCAGGGGCAGUGGUGAGCAACUCUCUGCUGGCCUACGUCUACAUCAGAGAACACCCAGAAAUGGCAGCACUGCUGUUCACAUCCAGCGUGUGCGUCGGCCUCCUCUUUACCCUUCUGGCUCUGUCUGUCCAAGUGACCUGCCGAGGGAGACAUCAGGGACGCACAGCCAAGGCAGUUCACUGCCAGGAGCGGGACAAUGUGGAGGAGGAAACGGAAGGUGAUGAUGACGAUGAGGGAACAGAGAGCUCUUUACUCUCGGCUACAGCGAGGAAGGAGGGAAACGGUUGGGAUGAAGUGACUUAUGUGAGCGAGGAAGCAGAACUGGCGGAGAAGAUUGAGCGCAGAGACAUGAUCAUCCAGGAAAUUUGGAUGAACUCUUAUUUAAAUGGCACCCCCUGUUGAAUACAUUACCCUCUGCAGAU